GUGGGUGAGAAAGUGGGCACGUGCAGUGGAGACACUGGAAACAAACAGAAAAUGUGAAAGUUCCCGCAUCAGCAUUAGAAAAUGUGACGGGGGGAAAGAAAAAAAAAAAAGAAGUAUCAUCACACACAGAACACUUCAACAGGACUAUGCAGAACUGCCGGAAACAGAAGAACAGAGACAGAACUGAACUGAAACUUCUACUUAACUGAAAAAAACAACAAAAAAAAAGCAACUCUUAUGGAAUAUUUCAGGCAAUUAACAAGAUGAUAGAUUCAUUGAAUGUACUCCCUUCCCCUAUCUACAGAUAAUUGUAUCCCAUCCAGAUUAUACAUUUCAAGAAAAAAAGAAUGUGGAUUCCCAGACUGUUCUUAAUCAUGUUCUUCACAUAUCAUGUUAUUUCAUCGGCAACUGAACCUCUCACAAAAAGCGUCACUGAUACUGUGACUGAGGUUUCUAUGACAACAGGCACAAAAACCCCAAAUACAACUCUAACUGGUGCCCCCACUACAACUAAGAUUGAGGUCACUAUGACAACAGGGACAGAAGCCCCUCAUACAACGAUAAAUGAAGAGCCCAUUAAAGCUUCAACUGAGAUUACUUUGACAACAGAAACGGAAGCCCCGAUAACAGGAACUGAUCUUCAAACUACAGCCAUGACUGGUGCCCCCACUGCAACUGUGACUGGAGUUAUUGUGACAACAGAGAUGCAAGCCCAAAGAACAACAAUGAUCGAUGCCCCUGCUACAGCUGAAACGGAGAUGACUCUGACAACAGGAUCUAAAUCCCCAACUACAACCAUGACUGGUACGCUCACUACAACUGUGACUGAGGUUACUAUGACAACAGGAACUGAAGCCCCAACCACACCAGAUGCUGUAAUUACAACUGUAACUGACUUUACCACAGAAGCAGUAACCCUAACUACAACAGUCACUGGUGCCCGAACUACAGCAGUGACUGAAGUUGCUUUCACAACAGAAACUGAAGCCCCAACUACUAUCCUGACUAGCACCAGCACUACAACCUUGGCAGAGUUUACUCUGACCACAGACAAUAAUAGCCCAGCUACAUCCAUGACUGGUGCCCCCACUACAGCGGCAACUGAUGUUACUUUGACCACAGAAAGAGUAGGUCCAACUCCAACCCUCAUUGAUGCUGCCCCCACUACAACGGUGACUGAGGUUACUAUGACAACAGGAACUGAAGCUGCAACCACAGCCUUGACAGAUGCUAUAGCUACAACUGUAACUGACUCUACCUUGACCACAGAAACAAUGACCCCAACUACAACUGUGACUGAAAUUGCUUUCACAACAGAAACUGAAGCCCCAACUACAAUCCUGACUGGCACCAGCACUACAACCUUGACUGAGGUUACGAUGACCACAGGCACAGAAGCCCCAAUUACAACUCUAAAUGGUGCCCCCACUACAAGUAAGACUGAGGUUACGAUGACAACAGGAACUGAAGCCCAAUACACAACUAUGACUAAUGCCCCUGUUACAACUGUUACUGAGGUUACUUUGACCACAGAAAAAGUAUCUCCAACUCCAACCCUCACUGAUGCCUCCACGACAACUGUCACUGAAAUUGCUUCCACAGCAGAAACUGAAGCCCCAACAACAUUCAUGACUGUUGCCCCCACUACUAUGGUGACUGAGGUUACUAUGACAACAGGAAUUGAAGCACCGACCAAAACCAUGACAGAGACCCCUGCUGCAACUGUAACUGAAAAUACCUUGACCACAGAAACAGGAACCAAAACUACAACUGUCACUGGUGCCCCCACCACAGCUGUGACUGAAGAUGCUUUCACAACAGAAACUGAAGCCCCAACUAUAAUCCUGACUGACACCAGCACUACAACCUUGACUGAGGUUACGAUGACCACAGGCACAGAAGCCCCAAUUACAACUCUAAGUGAGGUUACUAUGACAACAGGAACUGAAGCCCCAACAACAACCAUGACCGAGACCCCUGUUACAACUUUAACUGAGGUUACUUUGGGCUCAGAAAGAGUAUCUCCAACUUCAACUCUCACUGAUGCCUCCACUACAGCUCUCACUGAUGCCCCCACUACAACUGCAACUGAGAUUAUUUUAACAACAGCAAAUGAAGCCCCAACUACAACCAUGACUAGUUCCCCCACUACAAUGGUGACUGAGGUUACUAUGACAACAGGAACUGAAGCUGCAACCACAGCCUUGACAGAUGCUAUAGCUACAACUGUAACUGACUCUACCUUGACCACAGAAACAAUGACCCCAACUACAACUGUGACUGAGAUUGCUUUCACAACAGAAACUGAAGCCCCAACUACAAUCCUGACUGGCACCAGCACUACAACCUUGACUGAGGUUACGAUGACCACAGGCACAGAAGCCCCAAUUACAACUCUAAAUGGUGCCCCCACUACAAGUAAGAGUGAGGUUACUAUGACAACAGGGACUGAAGCUCCAACCACAGCCAUGACAGAUGCUGUAGCUACAACUGUAACUGAAGUUACCGUGACCACAGAAACAGUAACCCAAAUUACAACUGUCAGUGGUGCCCCCACUACAGCUAUGAAGGAAGUUUCUUUCACAACAGAAACUGAAGCCCCAACUACAACCAUGACUGAUGCCCCCAUUGCAACUGCUACUGAGGUUACUAUGACAACAGGGACUGAAGCCCAAUCCACAACUAUGACCAAUGACCCUGGUACAACUGAUACUGAGGUUAUUUUGACCACAGAAAAAGUAUCUCCAACUCCAACCCUCACUGAUGCCUCCACGACAACUGCUACUGAAAUUGCUUCCACAACAGAAACUGAAGCCCCAACAACAUUCAUGACUGUUGCCCCCACUACAAUGGUGACUGAGGUUACUAUGACAACAGGAAUUGAAGCACCAACCAAAACCAUGACAGAGACCCCUGCUGCAACUGUAACUGAAAAUACCUUGACCACAGAAACAGGAACCCAAACUACAACUGUCACUGGUGCCCCCACCACAGCUGUGGCUGAAGAUGCUUUCACAACAGAAACUGAAGCCCCAACUAUAAUCCUGACUGACACCAGCACUACAACCUUGACUGAGGUUACGAUGACCACAGGCACAGAAGCCCCAAUUACAACUCUAAAUGGUGCUCCCACAACAACUAAGAGUGAGGUUACUAUGACAACAGGGACUGAAGCUCCAACCACAGCCAUGACAGAUGCUGUAGCUACAACUGUAACUGAAGUUACCGUGACCAGAGAAACAAAACAGGAACCCAAACUACAACUGUCACUGGUGCCCCCACCACAGCUGUGGCUGAAGAUGCUUUCACAACAGAAACUGAAGCCCCAACUAUAA